CCCUACUCACCGCGGAUCUGGUUUACGGCUUGGAGCGCAGGCUUCAGUGCGGCAGCUGAUUGGUUGCGGAAGGCUUGGUCCCAUCCCAGUGACCCCAAAGUGCUGGAAGGAGGGGGCGGGGGUGGCCCAGUGCAAAGUGCAUCCCGAAAGCCCCCUGUCGGGACACCCCGCUGCUGACACUUCGGACCUGGUACGACUUGGGGUCUUUCUGUGCCCAGACCUCUUGAGUCCCUCGGUAGCUGGAAGCCUCCGGCCCGGUGCGCGGCAGACCCCUGGUCUGAGCCCCUGGACCGGGACUGCUUCCCUCCCCCACCCCCCGCCCCCAACCCAAGCCGGCACUUCCUCCCAGCACCCCUUCCCGGAGACUGCUCAGAGGCCAAGCCGGCCAGCCCCAGCCUGAACGGCUAUCUGGAUGCUCUCCGGGCUGGGGCCGUGAAGCACUGAGGAGGAUCAGGAACACGGUGUCCGGCCCUGCCUGGGGUGUUUCGUCAAUGGAGAAGUUGGUGAAUGUGGAGGAGGCUGAAAGGAGGGAGAGGAGCUGCAGCUUGAGGAGACAGGUUUGAGCUGGCUGGAGGCUACUCGCGAGCAGAAGGGGGUCUGGCCACCCACCAGAGAAGCAAUAAACGGACCAGCAUCCUCUCUAAAGGUGAAGAAGGCUACUGCUCUCGGGUCUGUACACACUGGGAGCCCCUUUCCCACGAUGCUGCACAUACACAAUGGUUAUUAGAUGACCUGUCUACCGAGAAGAGACAUUCUUCUGGAAGGCUGGCUCCUGUUACCUAAUGUCUGGUUGGUAAAAAGCGGACUCUGCUAGGAUGUUACACCACCACUGCCGGAGGAACCCUGAGCUCCAGGAAGAAUUGCAGAUUCAGGCUGCAGUGGCUGCCGGGGAUGUUCACACCGUACGAAAGAUGUUGGAACAAGGCUAUUCCCCAAAUGGCCGAGAUGCCAAUGGCUGGACCUUGCUCCAUUUCUCUGCAGCAAGAGGAAAGGAGAGAUGUGUUCGAGUGUUUCUAGAACAUGGAGCUGAUCCCACGGUGAAAGACUUAAUCGGAGGCUUCACUGCUCUGCAUUACGCAGCCAUGCACGGCCGGGCACGGAUUGCACGCCUGAUGUUAGAGUCUGAGUACAGGAGCGACAUCAUUAAUGCAAAAAGUAAUGACGGCUGGACUCCCCUCCACGUAGCCGCCCACUAUGGUAGGGACUCAUUUGUCCGGCUCCUCCUGGAGUUCAAGGCUGAGGUCGACCCGCUCAGUGAUAAAGGUACAACACCACUUCAGCUCGCCAUCAUCCGAGAGAGGUCAAGCUGUGUGAAAAUCCUCCUGGACCACAAUGCCAACAUCGACAUUCAGAAUGGAUUCCUGUUGCGCUAUGCUGUGAUCAAAAGCAAUCACUCUUACUGCCGCAUGUUCCUUCAGAGAGGGGCAGACACAAACUUGGGGCGCCUAGAAGACGGACAGACUCCUUUACACUUGUCUGCCCUUCGUGAUGACGUGCUCUGUGCACGGAUGUUGUAUAACUAUGGAGCUGAUACGAACACAAGGAACUAUGAAGGUCAGACCCCACUGGCCGUUUCAAUAAGUAUUUCAGGAAGUAGUCGGCCGUGUUUGGAUUUCUUACAAGAAGUCACAAGACAACCCAGAACCCUGCAGGACCUGUGCCGAAUUAAAAUUCGACAGUGUAUAGGCCUUCAAAACCUGAAGCUGCUUGAUGAACUGCCAAUUGCCAAGGUCAUGAAAGACUACUUAAAACACAAAUUUGAUGAUAUCUGAUAUACCUGGACUGUGAGCAAGAUUAAGAGUUAUUCCAGAUACUUAAAAGGCUUCGGGCCUUGCCCAAAGUAUAUCCUAUGCAAUUUCUGAUUUGCGGUCAAGUCAGAAAGCAGGUAUACACUUUUAGGUUUUUUGUUUGUUUGGUUUUCAUUUUAGGGGAGGGAUAUAUAUAUAUAUAUAUAUAUAUAUAUAUAUAUAUAUAUAUGAACACACACACACACACCACACGCUUGAAGGUCUUAAUUUGGUUUCUUGGUCCAAGUCUACGAGGUCCAAGCCUUUCUAUACAAUACUGCAUUUAGAAAAAUUGUUUUUCCUAAGUGCACAAACACAGGCAGGUAUGAAGCAGAGAAUUUUCCCUUUUGAUGCUCUGGUUUCACUGUUGAACAAGGUACUAGAAACCGGUAGAAGGAACACUUGUUAAAGUUUGGUAGUCUCAGGCUUCCCUAGUGGACCCUGGGUGACGCUGGAAAAUUCCCUGUGAAGAAACUUACGGUAAUGCUGUCACCUCAUUCAUUUUUAAUGAGUACAGAUGAGCUGUUUAAAAAUUCUUUUCCCUUCUAAUUAAUGUAGCUUUCCAAUGAAGGAAAACCCAGUACCUCUGCUUCCUUUUGGUGUGCGCUUAUUUUUAAAUUAUUUUUUUUAACAACUGUAGGACACUACCCUGAGACAUUGUGUUUUAGCUCUUCUCUCUCUCUCUCUUUCUCUUUCUCUCUUGUUGAAUUGUGCUUUUAAAACAAAGUUAAUGGGGAAAGGAAUUAACUUUUUGAAGCCAGUGUGUUCUGAUUUUUAAAGCAGUGCCUCGUGUGCAGCUCUCUCUUGGUGUAGUCUCUCGAUGGUCUCACUCUUCCCAUUCCUCGGCUGGCUUCCUCAUGCCCCUCAGAGCAGUAACCACUGCCAGUCCCACUGCAGACCAACAGUAUGUCACUUAGCUUCCAUUUUAAGCUUUGUGUUUUAUUUCACUUUAAGGAACAAAUUUCGUAUGCUGGUGAUACAGUGUUCUCUAGAAAUAGCCCACAUUCUUUCUAAACCAUUUUAUUUCAAUGAUUAAAUGAUUUGGGGUGGUUUCAUGGUGUUUUUUGUUUUUUUGCUUUUUUCUUCUCCUUCUUGGUAAUAUAUAUACAUAUGUAUUUUAAGGGUAAAGACUCUAAUGGGCACCCUUUUGUGAACCUGGCAAAUUGCUAAUGUGCUAAUUACAUAUUUCCAGUCUGUUUUGAAGGUAGGUACAGUAAAGCUCUUCGAGACAAAUGUUUUGUUUUCUGAGUUGGUUUGACAAGUAUGUGCGAGGUAGACCUGGAUGAGGUGAAGUGUCAGUAGCAAGGGAGAAGGUCCUAUAAGAACUCAGCAUCAGAGAUGUGCCCUUGAGCAUGUGCUCAUUCUGUGGUCGCCAUUGUGUUAGUUUGAGGAGACCCUUUGCAAGUGCCCCGAUGCCAUGCUUAGUGCUGUGACAAAAUUUUUAAAUAUUUACAAACUGUUACCAAAUUUUGCUAUCAGAAGUUUUCAAGGUAAGGGUUUCUCCUUUUGUUGGAAUGGUCCGUUUGAGCGCAGAGAGCAAAACUCUUUCACCUCAAGGUGUAAGUGAGCAGAAUCAGGUUUUGCGGGGUUCAGGCCGUCAGUGCUGUUCUUCUCAAGCCCAGAGUUUAUCCUCCUGGCUGCGGAGUAGCCGUGACAUCAGAGCAUGUGGCUCUGCCUGUAUCUAGAUGGCGCAUGGAUUCCUCAACGGGCAGCUUGGGCAAGAAGCAUGAUUCAGGGAUUCACUGAUGUGGCCCGUAGACUCCUUCAGCAAACUAGGGAGCAUGUAGCCAGAGUUCUAGCUGAUCCUGGAGUAGCUGAGAGCCCAGUGGAUAUGGCUCGGGUGCUGCGACCUUGUCUGGAAGGCUAUCUCCUUGGAGAUUCCCCUGUGGAAACAGCUGAAGAGCUGUGUUCUCAUUCUUUAUUCAGGACCUAGGUCAAGGCUGGAGACUCAUUAACAGCCUGAGGGACACAAAGUGACCAGAAAUUACUUGAGUGUAACUUCUGUUAGAACCCCAAGCCCAGCGUGGUGAGUGGCGUGAGGGAACCUGGAGUCUGCACUCUGAGCUGCCAUGUCAGUGUCCAGUUACACAGGACUCAUGUGUGUGUUUAUUUAUUUAGUAAGUUAAAAAUGGUAUUCACUCUCCAGCCAGUCAGAGGGUUCUGAACUAAGCCACUGAAAUUGAAUCAGGGAAUCCCAAGUAAAAAGAUCAUAUUAAGGCAAUUUUUUCUGUGUGUGCUAUGUGCUGCUGUGACUUCAGAAAAAAAAAAAAUUAUGAGCGCUCUUUCUAGAAUCAAAAAUUCUAUUUAAUGAAGAAGUGUAUAAUUACAUUAUUUAUUGUUUGAGGUUUGAUUUAUCUGGAAGCUUAAAGAAAUGUUCUUUGUUUAUUAAUAGAACCCCAGUCAUAUACUGUAUCUAAUGGUAACCGAAAUGCUGUACAGUUGCUAACAUGAUCAUGAUGAACAUGUAGGUCUGCACUUGAAUUUGAUUAUCAGAGAAGCAUUCUGUGGCCAUGAGGAAAGAAAGCACGCAUUUUCAGAAUCUCAGCCUAUUGCCUUUCCAAAAUCUUGACUAAAUUUGCCACUGAUUCUUUUGUGUUUCUUUUGAAAUUCAUUAUUUAAGCCUAUUACUAAAACUUUAUAAAAUGCAUUUGGCAAACACACCAAAGAAACCAGUCAUAAAAGAUUAUGAUCAUUAAUGAACUGCAAACCUCAUCUUUUGAAAACAAGGGUGUUUCUUUGUAAAUAUUUGUGUUUAUAAAUGUACAGCAGAAUAAGAGUGUUUUUUUUAGAUUAUUUAAUUCCCAUAUUUCUAAAAGAUUUACUACAGAAAAACCCCUGCUCAUUAGUCCAGAUGACUUGUUUGGUUUCAUUUAAAUUCAUCAUCAGUCAUGCUUGGAAAAACGCUUCCGCUGCAGAAGUCAGCAUUCUGGCAGUGGCAAGAGUCCAGCCACUUUGGAGCACGAGGGAGUCCAGCAUGACCUGUGAGACUUACACCCUUGUAAGACACCAGAAAAGCGUAGCUUAAUGACCAUUGUGGACCAUACGAAAGAGUUUCUAACCUCCCUACUGAAUCACUUGUUAGCCCAGGAUGGGAUUGGGAAAAGUCUGUUUGCCCACAAAUUUAGCUUUCAUGUAACUCCCCGUGUGUUGUAUCAUAAUAUAUUCUGUUCUUUCUUUGUAAUGUAAGUUUUGCUUUGGGUCAAUUUGAAUUAAAAAAAAUCUUAAAUAUGGUUUAAAAAAAAAAAAGAAAUGCAACUGGA